ACUCGAAAAUGAAUCCUUCAAACGUAAACAUGGCUGACGAUGUGCGGCAGGACGCACCAAAAUCGCCCUCGAAUAACGCGAUAUCGGACAUCAAUCACGAUGAAGCGAUACUCGCCCAGGAGAAAGAGAUUGAACGUGAGAUUGCUGAGCGCAUACCGUUGGUGGACACGAAGCAAGACCUGGCCAUCCUCGAGAAAGAGUACGCCCGAGACGACGAAGUCUACCAGCAGAAAGUCAAGGACCUCCGCAGCAAGUACAGCCACAUCCGCAAGACACGGCCGGACGGCAACUGCUUCUUCCGCGCGUUCAGCUUCGCGUACCUCGAAAGCCUGUUGAACGACAAGGAGGAGUACACAAGGUUCAAGAAGGUCGCCGAAAACAGCAAGGAGGUCUUGGUCUCGCUCGGCUUCCAGCGCUUCACCAUCGAGGACUUCCACGACACCUUCAUGGAUGUUCUGAAGAGGAUCGAGAACAACAUCAGCCUGGAGGACCUGCUCAAGAUCUUCAACGACCAGGGCUACUCAGACUACAUUGUAGUGUACAUGAGGUUGCUGACAUCCGGGCAGCUCCAGAAGGAAGCAUCGUUCUUUGAGAGCUUUAUCGAUGGACAGCGGACUGUCCAGGAGUUCUGCAAGCAGGCAAUGGAGCCCAUGUACAAGGAGAGCGACCACAUCCACGUCAUCUCGCUGACGCGCAACCUGGGCGUCGGUGUGCGCAUCCAGUACAUGGACCGCGGCAUGGGCGGCAAGGUCAACACCCACGACUUUCCCGAAGACCGUGAACCCCGCAUCCACCUGCUGUACAGGCCGGGACACGACAUCCUGUACCUGUCGUGACUUGCGACCGUCUCUGUUGGGGGGUGUUGUUUGU